AUGCGUAUACUUUCCUUCUUUUCCUGCCUGCUGGCAGCGGGAGGCCCUGCAGCUGCGCUGGCCUUACCUUCACCCAUCGCAAACGCCGCUACGAGUGCUCCCCUCGAGGAACGACAGGCAAGCUCAUACUGGCUGGAAAACAUCCAGCAUCAGGGCCGUGCAGCCUUCAACGCGAACCCCGCUGGCUACAAGGUCUUUCGAAAUGUCAAAGACUACGGUGCAAAGGGCGAUGGUGUUACUGACGAUUCAGCCGCCAUCAAUGCCGCUAUAACUGACGGCAACCGCUGCGCUCCGUGGGUAUGCGAAUCCUCUACGGAUACUCCUGCCAUCGUCUACUUUCCCAGUGGCACAUAUGUCAUCGGAAAGCCGAUCAUCAUGUACUACAUGACACAGCUUCACGGAAACCCCAACAGCCGCCCAGUGCUCAAGGCCUCGCCUAAUCUACAAGCUCUAGCAUUGAUCGAUGCCAGUCCAUAUCAGGAUGGCACGGGAAAACCAGGGUGGACUUCUACCAAUGUCUUCGCCCGGCAGAUCCGCAACUUCGUGAUAGACUUGACCCCGAUUCCAGCGACGAGCGGCGCUCAGGGUAUCCACUGGCCAGCAUCUCAGGCGACCAGCAUCCAGAAUGUUAAGAUCCAGAUGAAUGUUGCUGCGAACUCAGUACAUGCUGGCAUCUUUAUCGAGAACGGUUCCGGGGGGCAUCUUACUGACAUCGAGACUGUUGGUGGUUUGUACGGACUUAAUGUCGGCAAUCAGCAGUUCACCAUGAAGAACAUCAAGAUCUCAAAUGCCGUCAUUGGUAUCAGCCAGAUCUGGAACUGGGGCUGGCUGUGGAAGGGACUUACCAUCAGCGACUGCAGCACCGCCGCUUUCUCGAUGAAGGGCCUCAAGGACAACAGUCCUGAUCAGAACGUCGCAUCAGUGAUCAUCAUUGACAGCACUAUCACCAACUGUCCGAUUUUCGUGGACUCGGCUUGGACUAGGACCUCAACUGCGGCCGGAGCCGGACAGCUCAUCUUGGAAAACAUCGCCCUGAAUAACGUUGCCGUUGCUGUGAAGGGACCCAGCGGAACAGUUCUUGCAGGCGGUACCACGACUAUCAUCGGGUGGGGCCAAGGCAACCAGUACACCCCUGGUGGCCCAGCUAAAUUCCAAGGUGCGAUCACUCCUGUGCGUCCGGCUGGCCUUCUAGAUGGUAAGAACUUCUACGCCAAGUCGAAACCUCAGUAUGAAACCGUCGCGGUCGGUAACUUUGUAAGCGCACGUACUUCUGGGGCUAAGGGCGACGGAAGCACGGACGAUACCACUGCGCUCCAGAACGCGAUUAACUCUGUCGCUUCUUCCGGAAAGAUCCUCUUCCUCGACCAUGGUCAUUACAAGAUCACCAAGACACUCUACCUUCCUCCGGGAACGAAAAUCGUUGGCGAGACAUAUCCCAUCAUCUUGGCAAGCGGAAGUACUUGGAACAGCAAAACAAAUCCCGUUCCGGUCGUCCAGAUCGGCAAGUCUGGCGAGAGCGGCAGCGUUGAGCUAUCUGACUUUCUGAUUGGUACCCAAGGGCCAACUCCCGGUGCGAAGCUGAUCGAAUACAACUUGGCCACAACUAAGGGUUCUGGUCUUUGGGAUGUCCACACCCGCAUCGGUGGAGCGAAGGGAACUCAGCUCCAAGUCGCUCAAUGUCCUGUUGGUAGUGUCAACGAUGCCUGCAUGGCUGCCCACACCAACGUCCACAUCACGAAAAGCGCGACCAAUGUCUACAUGGAGAACAACUGGUUUUGGACUGCCGACCACGAUCUAGAUGACUCUGCUAGCACUCAGAUCUCCAUCUUCGUCGGCCGAGGUCUUCUCGUCGAGGGUACCAACAUCUGGCUCUACGGAAACGGAGUGGAGCACCAGUCUUUGUACCAAUACCAGUUCGCGAACGCAAAAGACGUCUUUGCGGGCUUCAUCCAGAGCGAGACCCCAUACUACAUGCCUACACCAGAUGCCAAGGGUCAGCCAUAUCCUGUUAACAGUGCCCUGAACGAUCCCGACUACAACAUCAUUUGCCCCUCUGGCCAACGUUGCGACGCACUUGGACUUCGCGUGCUGAACUCGUCGAACGUCCUCCUCUACGGCGCGGGCUUCUAUUCCUUCUUCAUCUCCAACAACAACUCGUGCAGCAAGGACACCAACUCGGUCCGCGACUGCCAGAACCGCAUAGUCAGCAUCGAAGGCUCGUCGACGGUCCGCGCAUACUCGCUGAACGAAGUCGGCGCGCUGCAGAUGCUCACUGUCGAUGGCGUGGACAAGGCAGACUGGACGCCCAAUCUAUCUGGCUACGCCAACACCAUUGGAUAUUUUUCAUACCAGAUCUAG